GAAUCUAUAUUUUUAAGGAGUGUCUCGAAUUGAAUUGCUCUUACUUGAAGAAAUGGAGAGCCAAGAUUCAUUUAUCAGUAAUAUGGCAGAACAGAUGAAAGUUAAAUUUGACAAAUAUUGAGAUUGGUAUAGUGUGGUGCUAGCUUGUGCCAUUGUUCUUGAUCCAAGGUAUAAGUUGGAUUAUGUGGACUAUAUUUUGAAGAAAAUAGAGCCAAUUGAGCACAUUGCUGAAAUGAAGGUGGAGAGCAUUGAGACUACAUUGUAUAAGCUUUUUUCAGAAUAUGAACGCCCCAAGCCUAUGGCUACUACAAAUGUUUCAUCUUGUGUUGGGAGUUCUAGUCAUACUAGUGGUGCUAUGGAUGAUCCUGAUGAUGAUGAAGAUAAGGAAGAUGAUGAAUUUGAUCAUUAUGAAAGUGGUCGUGGUACCAAAACAAAAAAAUCUCAGUUGGACUUGUAUUUAGAAGAGCCUAGACUUGACAAAAAGAAAAAUUCAAAGUUGGAAGUUCUCUCUUGGUGGAAAGAGCAUUACAAUCGGUUUCUAGAGCUCUCUUUAAUGGCACAGGAUCUCAUGAGCAUUUCGAUAACCACUGUUGCUUUUGAAUCAAGUUUAUCACUGGGAAAAAAAUUCUUACUCCAUAUCGAUCACGUCUUUUACCUGAGAAUGUGGAAGCUACGUUAUGUACCAAAAGUUGGCUAUAUGGAUUUGAAGAUGAAGAUGCUAACGAAAUUGGCCAACUUGAGCUACAAUUUGCAAGUAUGAAUAUUUGCAAUGUUGAAUCUGCUACCAAUGUUGAGUAGAUUGAGAUUGAGG